AUGGACUUCGUGUUUGGUCUUCCGCGCGAUUCCAGGCGGAAGACUGGCAUUGUAGUCUUUGUGGACCGCUUCAGCAAGAUGGUGCAUCUCGCUGCGGUCGCUGCGGAGGUGACCUCCGUACAGACGGCACGCCUGUUCGUCGACGUGGUGUUCAAACACCAUGGCAUGCCCACCGCCUUUGUGUCGGACCGCGAUCCGCGUUUCAGGCGCGUUUCUGGCAAGAAGUGUUCACACUUCUUGGAACACGGAUCUACGGUUGCACCCAAACAACCGCAGAAUUCAGCUGAUACGAACCUAUCAGCGGCGAUGACACGUGCGAGAGCGAGAGCCCGCACACGACAAAGCGACGUGUCAGUGCCGAACACUGACACUGUGAAGAACCACGAGCAGGCGAUACCUGCUGCGACCAAAGACAAUGUGUCUGUGCGGGGCACAGACACCGAGAAGAUUCACGCACAGGCUGGGCCUGAAGCGAUCACACCCGAAGUGUCAGUGCCGGGCACUGACAUCCCAAAGAGCCACGCACAAUCAGGGACUGAUGCGACUACAAGUGGCGAGUCUGUGCAGGGCACAGACGCGGACAAGAUCAACGAACUGGACCCGGGGUUCAGCUCUCAAGCAAUGGACUUUGUCCACGAACGACAAGCAGUCGUUCGCUUUGUACAAGAUGCAAUUGCAGCUUCUGCGGAAAGACAGAAGCUGAACGCAGACAAUAACGGAAGA